ACCCUCCGUGGACGUGUUGAACGCUGCAUGAACUAUCAUGAACCGGAUUUCUCACACUGUGCGAAGGUCAUUGAAGAUAUGGAAGAGAAUGAGCUGAACUUCUUCAUAAAGUAUGGUGAAUUGGGUGGGGAAGCUGAUGUUCGUGAUGCCUACAUGAAGCAAAAGCAUCGGCUUAUUUGGGAACGGCGUCAUCCUGAAAUAAUGGAGGCACGAAGGCAGGCUAUCAAGGAACACAAGGAAAAACUAGCUAAUGGAGAAUUCGACCACUCCUUCUGGAAGAAGGGUAUGUUCUGGCAUGACAAGAAGCAUUACGAACCACCAUACGAGUUCUUCUUGUCGAAAUCACCCCUGGAAGGAGACAAGCCUCUGUCUAAAGAUUGGCAGUACUACAAAAAGGUUUGCGAUUAG